AUGGCGGAGGCAACACCAGCGGCGGAGUCAGCAGCGGUUGAGAAUGAGAAAAUAACCAAAGAAGCUCCGCAGUUGGUUUCGUUAUUGAAAGAGAUGAAGCAAGGUUUGGAUACAUUGAGGAACAAGAUUGAUGCUCUUACUGCAAAGGUCAAAGCUGAUCACUUUCCCACCACAGAUGGGAUAAGUUAUCUGGAAGCAAAACAUUUGCUUCUUCUAAAUUAUUGUCAGUCGCUUGUCUACUAUUUGCUCCGGAAGGCUAAGGGUUUAUCCAUCGAUGGUCAUCCGGUUGUAAGGAGUCUUGUGGAAAUCAGGUUGUUUUUGGAAAAGAUCCGCCCCAUUGACAAAAAACUCCAAUUUCAACUAGAGAAGUAUACAGGCAUUGCAAGAAAUUUUGUGGAGAACGAUGGUGUUGACAAGAAGCCGUCUACUGAGAAUGACAUUGAUGAAGUGAAAAAUGAGGAGGAGUUAUUGAAAUACAGGCCAAAUGUUGACAUGCUUAAUCCCAGGACCAAUGCCACUCCCGAUGAGGGAAAUGGUGUCUACAGACCAGUUAAGUUUGCUCCUACUUCAAUGGAUGAAGACAAAAAAUUGUCUCGAGAGGAGAGAAAUUCAUUGAGGAAAGAGAAACACACACUGAGGGAUGCUAGACGGAGUGCUUAUGUGCGAGAGUUGGUGAAUGAACUUGAAGAAAGACCUGAAGAAGUGAGUGGAAUAAUAAAUGAAAGUAGAGACGUAGUAAAGUAUGUGGAGAGAUUUGAACGGCGUGCACAGCAAGAAGAGGAGUUCUUCACACGUGCUCCUCUUACAAAAGCAGAGAGGAAGAAAUUGAAAAGCUUGAAGAAACCAGGAAAUCCGCUAUCGGAUCUGACUGAGAGCUUCUAUGAUGAGAUUAAGACUCUACCUAUAGGGGAUAGUCGAGUUCAAGAAUCACCAGAAGUUUUCCAUGAUGUUGGCGGCAGAAAAUUCAAGAAACAGAAGGUAAUUUAA